GCCACGUGCAUCACAAGAGAUUGCCCUUUUUAGCCGCUUUCGAGAAGUGUAUAUUGCUAGCACACUUGAAGCCCUCCAUCUUCCUGUGCCUCCAAGAGCGGGUGGAUCAAACGCCGUGAAUCGCCCGUUUGUGUGGGAGCACAUAUUUCUUCGUCCUUGUCGAGCUGGGCUAACUGCCGCGAUCCGCAGUAGCUAAAAAGCUGUAUCCACCAUGACCACCAUGGCACCAGCACCGAGGACCUUCAAGAUCUAUCGUGAUGCUGCCAUUGAGACGAUCCACGCUACUCCCGCCGUACACGAAGCGGCGGCGGCAACCCCGUGUUCUUCGCCCGUGUCUCUGAGGCCAGUGCCCAGUUCUACGACUACGACGGCUGCGCGCGCCACCGCCACUGCCACAGUUUCUGCCCCCGCGCGCUUGCCGCCGAGGAAACGUAGCAGACUGCAGCAGCAGCAGCAGUCGCGGCCGCUGGGUUCGUUGCCGAGCCCGAGUGGUGGCAGCGGCCCCGCAGGCGGCAGUAGCAGCAAUACGAGCGGUUGGUGGGACGUGUCGAACAAGGAGAACAUCGAUCCUGGAACCGGGAAGCAGCAGCAGCGGCAGCAGCAACAACAGAGAGUUUCGCCCUUCUCCACUAUGCUGCCAGUAGGCGACUCCUCCGCUUGCUCCGCAGUGCAUCCGCACUGCUUGGGCAGUAGCACCUCCAAGAAGCGCCCCUUGUGCGGCGAUGAGCGGUGCUGCGCGAGUGCUAUUGACAACGGCGGUGAUGGUGCUGGGAAGCCGGUUGCAUUGUCGUCGCGUAAGCCGUCUAGGGAGCCGCUGAAAGAGCUCUGGAACAGGAGCAGCUACGGCGGUAAAUUGUCCUUUCCCGUUUACCUGAACGCUCUCGGCGCCCGCACCUUGCGGUGAUGUUCAGUGGCUUCGGCUUUUGAGGAGGAUGGCGGGAAAGAGGAAGAU